UUUGUCCUUUAUUUAUUUUUGAUCUUUAUAAUUUAUUGCAGCUCCUUUCUCUGUUCUGGAUGAAAAAUCCGCCGCUCAUCUAUCCUGAUGUGCUGCGCCUUAUCACGAUUCUUCAAGGAUAUGGGGAUCACGUCGACGCUCUUUUGCCGUUUACUGCAUGGAUGUAAGAGUAGGAGCGCGUAGAACAUCAACAAUGGGCAAGUCCAAAUGAGACCUAUCGAUGCACAAUGCGCGCUUUCUACCCUAAUUAGCAUUGUUCAUUGUAUUUUCAAUUCUCGUCGUAUGCACCGGAGCUACACCAGGCCCGCAUCAUCUCUGGGCAUGAAACCCGUGGGAAUUGUGAUACCAACGUGACGCACGGUCACACAGCGCAGCGGGGAAGACAUCGAGCCUCGACAGGACGCGGAGGGAGGGCUACUGUAAACUGGAAAGAGAACGCCCAGUUGUUGUCGCUAAUGACCGCCUCACAGUGACUGCCUUGCCCGUCUGGACACUCACGUACCGAGCCACCGCCGUUUGCUAUUGAAUUGAUUCAUAUUUCAUGCAUCUGGAGGAAAGGGAGGAGAACGGAAGAUGAGUGGGUGAGGGCGCGGACGCUCGAGACGGCAUGCGGGAGACGCAGUGAGAGAGCAGCACGAGGAAGAGGAGGAGGGAAACCGGAGGACUGAGGGCUCUCCUAACGUGGCGGCCGGCGCGACGUCAUAACCCUUCCCUCCAACAUGGCUUCGUCCGUGUGGUUCCUGGGAGCUUGUGUGCUCAUGUUGUCUCACAUUGUCCCAUUUGGUCAAGCCGCCAUGUCCCGGGCUGCGAUGCCGUUCGGGCUGCUCCGCAGGGAGCUGGCUUGUGAGGGAUAUCCCAUUGAGCUGCGCUGCCCAGGAAGUGAUGUAGUGAUGGUGGAGACGGCAAACUAUGGAAGAACGGAUGACAAGAUCUGUGAUGCAGACCCCUUUCAGAUGGAGAAUACUCAGUGUUACCUUCCAGACGCCCUCAAGAUCAUGGCCCAGAGGUGUAACAACAGGACUCAGUGUGUCGUGGUUGCGGGUGUGGACGUCUUCCCAGAUCCCUGUCCCGGAACCUACAAAUACCUCGAGAUCCAAUAUGAAUGUGUCCCCUACAUUUUCGUGUGUCCGGGCUCACUGCUCAGCAUCGGCCCGGCCUCGUCUCUCCUGGAGGCGGAGCAUCAGUCGGGGGCGUGGUGUAAGGACCCUCUGCAGGCAGGAGACCGGCUCUACGUCAUGCCCUGGACACCCUAUAGGACAGAGGUGCUGUAUGAGUAUGCCUCCUGGGACGACUACCGACAGAACAGGGUCACCACCACCUACAAGCUGCCCAGUCGGGUGGAUGGGACCGGUUUUGUGGUGUACGAUGGUGCUGUGUUUUACAACAAGGAGCGAACGCGAAACCUGGUCAAGUACGACCUCCGGACACGCAUCAAAAGUGGUGAGGCUGUGGUGGUCAAUGCCAACUACCAUGACACCUCUCCAUACCGCUGGGGAGGGAAGUCCGACAUCGAUCUUGCCGUGGAUGAAAAUGGCCUUUGGGUGAUCUAUUCGACUGAAGCCAAUAAUGGACGCAUUGUGGUCAGCCAGGUGAACCCGUACACACUGCGCUUUGAGGGGACAUGGGCCACUGGCUUCGACAAACGCGGUGCCAGUAACGCCUUCAUGGCCUGUGGAGUAUUGUACGCGGUGCGUUCAGUCUUCCAGGAUGACGAGGGGCAGGCGGAGGGGCGGGUGGGCAGUGACAUGGUGGUGUACGCCUAUGACACCAGCAGAGGACAAGAACUGCCUGUUCAAAUCCCCUUUCCCAACCCUUAUCAGUACAUCUCCUCCAUCGACUAUAACCCCCGAGACAACCAGCUCUAUGUGUGGAAUAACUACUAUGUGCUUAGAUACCCCCUCCAGUUCACACCGCCGCCCCCCACCAAAGGUCCUCUGUCCUCACUGAUGACGACUGUCCGCUCCUACACCACCACUGUCUCCUUAACCCCAGUGCAGCCCUCAGCUUCCCACCCGAUCGGGGUCAUAAAUCGCGGGCCAUUUGACCAACGUCCCAUCACAGCCAUGGUUCCUCUGACACCACGCCCUCCUCUGCGGGUGCCCCUGGCUCCUGGGAGUCCAGGGCAGAUUGGCGGCUGUGAGGGGCGGGUGGCACGAGGGGUGCAGUGGCCGCCCACACUGAAGGGAGAGACAGUGGAGAGGCCCUGUCCCAAAGGCUCUCUGGGUAUCGCCUCAUACCAGUGCAUGUCAUCACCCGUGGGCUGGAGCUCCCGAGGACCUGACCUUUCUAACUGCACCUCUCCAUGGGUCAGCCAAAUUGCACAGAAGAUUAAGAGUGGAGAGAAUGCAGCCAAUAUUGCAGGGGAGCUGGUGAACUUGACCCGGGGGCGGAUCUAUGCGGGUGAUGUCAGCAUGUCUGUCAAACUAAUCGAACAGCUAUUGGACAUCUUGGACUCUCAGCUACAAGCCUUGAGACCAGCCAAUAAAGAAUCAGCUGCACGUAAUUAUAACAAGCUGCAGAAGAGGGAGCGCACAUGUCGAGCUUAUGUGCAGGCUGUGGUUCAGACAGUCGAUAAUCUGCUUGGUCCAGAGGCUCUUAUGUCCUGGGCCGAUAUGAGCAAUGCUGACCAGUCACGCUCGGCCUCACUGCUGUUAGACGCAGUGGAGAAAGGAGCGUUUUUAUUGGCCAACAACCUCUAUGAAGGACGAUUCAGUGACAGAGCACCCAAUAUUGAUUUGGAGGUGUAUGUACUAAACACAGAGGCAGACAUCCAGGACAUGACUUUUCCUCAUUCGUAUGACAGCGACAGCAUCCUGCAGAUUUCAGCACUGGCCUUGCAGCAGUACAGUAACAAUGGUCAGGUAAACUUGGUGCUUGCACUGUAUAAGAACCUGGGGGCCUUCCUUACCACACAGAACUCCACUUUACGAAUGGGCCUGGGUAUGGGACAGAGUUCUGAUGUGAGGAGGCGGAGUCUAGUUGUCAACUCCCACGUGAUCUCUGCCUCCGUGCACAGAGGCUCCAAUAGGGUCUAUCUCUCCGAGCCCGUCAUCUUCACACUGCGACAUCUACAGCUGGAAAACCACUUUGGUCCGAACUGUUCUUUCUGGAAUGCGACAGGGGCGUCGGGUUCCGGCAGGUGGUCUACACAGGGCUGCCGGUUAUUGCACACCAACAACACACACACAACCUGCGCCUGUAACCACCUGUCCAGCUACGCAGUGCUCAUGACCUAUCAACAACCAGUGUCUGGAGUUGGGGUGGAGGAGCUUCUUGUCAGCGUGGUGUCCUGGGUGGGCAUUUCUGUAGCCCUGGUGUGUUUGGGAACUUGCCUUGCCACACUUUGCUGCCAGGGGGCGCCAUGGCACACAGACCACAGCACCAUCCACUGCAACCUAUGGGCCAAUCUGCUGUUCACUGAGCUGCUAUUCCUUGUGGGUGCCAAUAAGGCCCAAUACACGGUUCUGUGCUCUAUCAUUGCUGGCCUGCUGCACUUCUCGCUGUUGUCAGUCUUCUGCUGGUUGUGUUUGGAGGCAGUGGAGCUGUAUCUGUUACAGCGCGAGGUCUUUGAGGGAAGAAACUCUCGGAGGAAAUAUUUUUACCUAUGUGGAUACUCCAUACCUGGGCUGGUGGUGGCUGUGUCUGCGGCCAUAGACUUCAGAGGAUAUGGAUCUAAAACUGCAUGCUGGCUACGAACAGACAAUUACUUCAUCUGGAGCUUUCUGGGCCCUGUGGCUGUCAUCAUCACGUUGAACCUGGUUGUCUUGGUAAUGACCUUACAUAAAAUGCACAGCACGGCAGCGCUCAAGCCAGACUCCAGUCGUCAUGACAACCUGAGGGCCUGGGCUGUCGGCUCUCUGACUCUGCUCUUUCUGCAGAGCGUCACUUGGUCCUCGGGGCUCAUGUUCCUGUCCGCUCCAUCUCUGUUACUGGCUUACCUCUUUUCUUCCCUCAACACUGCUCAGGCUCUCCUCAUCACCAUUUUGCACUGCACUCUGGCUCGAAAGGGUCAGAAGGAGUACGGCCGGUGCCUGCGUUUGUCCCAGUGCUGCGUGCCUUCAUCCGGCAGCUCCCCAGACUCAGUCAAAGGCAGCGCUCUGAGGUCCAACAGCCGCUACACCAGCAGCCAGAGCCGCAGAGCCACAGCCAAUAGACAGAGCCGCAUCAGGAGGAUGUGGAACGACACAGUUCGCAGGCAGACUGAAUCAUCUUUUAUAGCAGCGGAUGUUAACAACACACCUACACUAAACCGUGCUGCUUUAGGAAAUCAUUUCCUCACUAAUCCAGUGCUGCAGACACAUGCUGGGGCUUCUCCCUAUGACACUAUGUUAGCCCAAGGAUACAACCAACCUUUCACCUCCACAGGAACCUUCAGAAACAAGCCGAAGGGUGGUGUUUCUCAAAGUCAGGAGUCCUGCGGUUUGGACAGCAUGUGCCUCAAUGGUGGCUACACUCCCAACACAUUCACGCUACAUGGUUUAGGAACAACCCCAGGGUCCCGAGCUGGAGUGGUGGGCAGCACUGAUCUCCUCAGAGACGGUGGAGUUGGGAUAGGGGCAGAUGACAUCUCUCCUGGUCUCCUCACCCCUCAUGGAGCAUCAGACCUGAGCAGUGGCACAGGGAUGAGGCGUAACCUGUCCGAUGCAGCAGCUCUGGAAAAGAUGAUCAUCUCAGAGCUGGUGCAGAGCAACCUGCGACCGUCUGUACCCAUGCCUGUUCCUCCAGAGCGUUACGGUAGCUUAGCCCGGCCUCACCAUGACCGGACCACUGUCGCACAUUCUGCCACUCUGACCCGACAUGCUCCGCCCCCUCAAGAUGCAUGGGCCUCGACCAUACAGCCCACCACUCGCCCAAAUGCACAGGAGGGGUGGACAAGGCACCCUACAGAUCAGGACCCUCACCCACCGCCCCGAAGCACCCAGGAUCUCAUGACCACUCCUCGUGUACAGGAUGGCUGGUCUGAUAAAGAGGAGAGGUCUCAGCUGCAGGGGACACUGGGACGCCGAGGACUGCCGGAUAAACAGUCAGUGCGCCCCCCAGAGGUCCAGGCGAGGCCCUACUCCACUCUGAGCCGCACACCUGGCACACUGUCCCGCCACCGCAGCACAGUGGAGUCCAGUGGCGGGGCAGACCGCGAGAGGGAACGGGAGCGCUAUCGAGAUCGUCCUCUACCCCCACCUCCUCCCCCUCCGCCCCAGGAGUCUGAGCCCCUCUACAAAGCUCUAGAGGAACCUCUACUUAUGAAGCAGAGAGAGGUAGAUUCAUGGAGGGCCCCCGACCGGGACAAGGACGAAACGUAUCUAUUAAAACGAGACGCUAUGGUGGAGGAGUGGAGGGGUGCGUCUGAGCGAAGGCGGGAUGAAUCGUUCAGCUCUCAAAAGAGCAUGGAGGACAUGGCUGAGUGGGGCUCAGCAGUGAACAGGGCACGAGAGGAGCGUGACUGCAGGAUGGAGGUUUGGCGAGGUGGACCAGACAUGGAACAAGAAGAGACAUUUAUCACCCAGAAAAAAGAUUUUGGGAUUGAUGCUUGGAGAGGUGGCAUGGACAGGGACAAAGAAGAGCCCUUCUUAAAGGACAGAGAUGGUUGGAGAGGAGGGAUAGAGCGUGACGGCGAUGUGCAGAAGGAUCGGGCACUGGAUGUUUGGAGAGGGGGUGUGGACAUUGACAGAGAGGACUCUUUCAUGUUUGAGGGCAAAGACAAUGGGGCAGAUGGAAGGAAACGGGGAAGAGAGAGAGGCUCACUGCGUUACCAUGGAGACAGAGAGGACUCUGAGGGCAGCUUCACUUUACCUUUGACCCCUGACCUCGACCUUGACGCUGAUUCUUCUCCAAUCUACGCCCGAGACUCAAACCCAUCGCCGCUGUAUCCGGGCGAACGGCGUUCCCCUCCUCUUAGCAUCUUCCCACGAAGUUCUCCCCCAACCAACAUCUUUGUUCCCAGAGACGCCACCUCGCCUCCCAACAACCUGUACUCGCGUCACUCCCCACAGGUGUACAGCCGCAGCAGCUCUCCCCCGCGCUUCUACACCCGCACCUCACCCCCCACCAUGUCCUACCCCGACAGCAGCCCUGAGGGUCCAGAGGAGCUCAGUCCCACUGGAGGACAGCCACAGAGACCUGCUCUAGAGCUCCCCUACAGCCUGGGGCGCCCCCCACUGGGACCACGGCCCAAUCACAUGCAGACCUUCUACCAGCCCCCUCCGCUGGCCUCAAACGGUGAUGCAGUGUACACGCCAGAGCCCACGUCAGAGGGAGAGGAUGGACAGAUGCAGCGGGUGACGAGCCUGUGACUAGGGCGGUGGUGAUUGGGGCAUAGGAACAGGCAGGAGGAGGAACGUCAAAUUAUCAUAUAAAUUAAGACUGAAUUUUAUCUGGACAGUGGCGGUGUCGUGCAUAGACUUCUCAUAAAGGUAGAUAAGGAACCCAUCACUGAUGAAGCUAACAAUCUUUUGAUCAGUGACGGCUAUAGGCAGCAGUUUAGCACAUACUGUUGACAUAGUAUUUAAAGGUUAUGAAAUGUCCACUAAACUAUAUUACUGCAUCUACAUGACAUAUAGGAUGCAUACACAUACCACCAAUUCAUAGAAACCCCAACUAGAAAAUAAAUGACCCACAGACAGAUGUUUAUCUUUAUGUAAAGUCUAUGGUUUAGUGCAAUGAAAAAAGGAAUUAUAUAAUAUUAAUUUUGAUGGCUCCUUCCUGCUUCUAUCUCCUGAUCACCACGAGACUACCCUGUUUCAUCCUUAGUUUAUUAUUUUUUUUAAGACUGUGAUUCAUGUUGAACUCGACCUAAGUCCUCUUUCUCUCUCUCCUCCUUGCUCCCUGAUGUGUCUUCCCAUGUCAUUGGUGCUUUCUUCUUAUUAGCCCAUCAUUGUCUUAAGUUUCUACUGGCUCAUUGGCUGGUGUUGCCCUCCCCUGUAGCAAAGCAAACAGUGUGUCAAAGAAAAGCACUUGUGUGUUGCCAAAAAAUCCUUUCAAAGAACAUGUGCAUGACUUUUUAGUGGCUUUAUCAGGCUACGUACUAUAGGGAGAAAGUGUGCCAGUGAGCAUGACAUGUGAGAGUGAAUGGGUGAGAGAUUGUGUGUAAAUAAACCAUUCUUGUAUAAUUAAUGUACCACAGUGACGCAUUUUAUCAAUAUACCAACAGGGGGCUCUUAUACUCCCCUUGCUACUGAUUUUGAACUGUUUCGACCAAUCCCAUCUCACCACAAGGCCAAAAACCUUCGCCUCCUUCUGCCACAGACUUUUGGUGAUGGAACUGUUGACAUGAACUUUGCAACUGAACUUUUGACUCCAAAGCCAAUCAUGUUAUAGACCUCAAAACUUUUCUGCAACUGCCCGCGGUCCCUGUAAAUAUCAGCCUCAAGUGUUCUGAUUGUCUUGUAUUGCUAUUGAAGUUCAAGUAAACAUGUGAAAUAGACGUUUUUCUCUCUGGUUUUGUGAAUAGAGCUAGACACAAGGUAAGGACACUUGAAGUGAAGUGUUCUGUUUACAUCCUGUUGCAAAUCAGAGUAUAAACCUACA